AUGGGAAACUGCUUAAUUCGACAAAACAAGAUGAUCAUCAAGGUAAUCAAAACAAAUGGUGAAGUUCUUGAAUACAAACCACCAAUCAAAGUCCAUCAAGUCUUAACACAACAUGCAGAUCAUGCAAUCUCCGACGUAUUUCCCGUUGUCAGACAUCUCGGCCACCAAGAUGAAAUGGUCGCCGGUCAUAUAUAUUAUCUGCUUCCACUUCCUCAUGUAGCUUUGCCGGAAUCCAUCAAGAACCCGAGAACCACAGUGAGGAUUAAGUUGGUGGUAACUAAGCAGGAGUUGGAGAUGAUGUUGAAAAAGGGGGGUGUUUCUGUUUCUGUGGGUGAUUUGGUUUCGCAGAUCGGAAAAAAUGGAAGCUUGAUGGAGAUCGUUGAUGGAAGAUGGAAGCCAGGUUUAGAAAGCAUACCUGAAUCUUGUUAG